AUGGCAAUAGAGGAUAUCAAGAAGAAAAAGAAGAAGUCCCACCGCGAUCAUGGUGAUACUCGUGCUUCCAAAUCAUUCAAAGAAACCGGUGAUGAUGACCGUGCAACGACGAAAUCCUCCGCCGCCGCCGAUCGCCCCCUCGAUGUCGAGACUCUUCGCAAGGCCAGGCUCGAAUAUCUAGCAAAGCCCCCUGGGGAGAAGCGGAAAGAGAUGAAAUAUGAAUACGUUAAGAGCACGAAAACCGUGUCGCAGACUGCUGCCGACCGAGAACGGCAAUAUAGAUUAAUGAGGGAACGCAGUCCAGACUCUCAGCAUACGAAACCCUCACGGAAACCCGCGAAGCGCACAAACGAUACGCAGAAGCGCAUGCGUCGCGAUGAUGGCGAAUCUGAAUACGUUUACGGGAGGCCAGACAAUGUGCGGAGAGACACGCCGACGAGACCUGCGACAAAGUCACCAUCGAAGACGUCGGUCAGAGACCAUGCGUCUUCAACUGCCAGGCGACACAUCCCCGAGCGCAGGAACACAGAACCUAUAACGCGAAGAACGUCCAAUGAUGACCGUGACGCAGAACGUGGAGAUUCUGGGCGCGCCACUUCAAGGCAACAGCGCGAUUCGCGGUCUCCCUCGACAAUGGUCCAGCGAAGUACUGCGUCCGCAGACAAGUCGCAGAGGCCACCAUUGAAGCGCAAUGCAACUACAACAACAACAUUAAAAUCCAAAAUUGGAGUCGGCGCCAGCAACUUGACGCAUGUUUCCGACGGGCAGAGAAAUGCGGCCGGGCUAUUCAGUGGAAUGUUUCUCCCACACAACGAACCUCCAAAGAAAGUCUCCUGCUUGACAUGUGGAGCAGACGACGUUCCUAUUGUCAAGUCAGCCAAACUCCCUUGUUCCCAUCGCAUGUGUCACUCAUGCCUCAAGCGGAUAUUCACCAUGUCGGUCAAAGAUCCUGCGCAUAUGCCACCCCGCUGCUGUACGGAUCAGCACAUAGAUCUGAAACAUGUGGACAAACUAUUCGACCAGAAAUUCAAGGUCCUGUGGAAUCGCAAAUAUGACGAGUUUAAGACGAAAAACAGGAUAUACUGCCCUGCGAGAAAGUGCGGCGCAUGGAUCAAACCACACUACAUGAAGAUCGAGAACGGCCGAAAGGUCGGCAAGUGCAAGCAAUGCAAGACGCGGGUCUGCGGGAUUUGUUCGCAAAAGAUGCACGUCUCACGCGACUGCCCCAAAGAUCCCGAGACGAAGGCCUUUGUCCAAGUUGCCAAAGAGAAAGGGUGGCAACGGUGUUACAAUUGCUCUGCCAUGGUUGAGCUCAAAGAAGGCUGCAACCACAUGACGUGUCGCUGCACAGCAGAGUUCUGCAUGAUCUGUGGCCUCAAGUGGAAGUCCUGCGACUGCCCGUGGUUCAAUUAUCAGGCCGUCGAUGCCCACCUUGGAGACCCUGUCCGCUAUCAAGAGGAGAUGGACAGACGGAGAGACCAGGUCGAACGGGAUGAGGCCUUGGCUCGACGCAUGCAACAGCUCGGCCUCGGGAACGACGCCGAGAGGGACGACGCGUUUGGCAAUGCUGCAAUCCACCACAUGAAUGGCAAUUUCAUACAACAGGCCCGCGAAGCCCUGACGGCAAACUACGCACAGGCCGGACAGGCCGCGAGAGACCUGAUCAACGGUUUGGUCAUGGGCAGAGAGAACCGCACGCCCGGCGGUAUUCCGCUCCCAAUGGAGCAGAUGCUUGAACUUCUCGGACAGCGUGGCGCUAGGGACCCUGCAGAGGAGGACCACGGUGGCGAUAGUCCCCGACGAGCUGGGCGACGCGGUACUGCGAGAAGGCGCCACGCUGCUCAGGAGGCUGGCGGCGAGCACGCUACGAACACAGAAACCGACGAGGAGAGGAGAAUUCGAGCCUGGGCAAACAGUGCACCUGCGUGA